GAACUGCCCCCCUAUAGCGCACGCUUUGUCACUGUCCCCAUCUCCGCUACCUCCUCCCGCCGUCCUCCAUGCUCCCUCCACCCCCUGCAUGGGCCAGGGACGACCUCCCGUCCCCCACCACUCCAGAACAACACCGCCAACAACGACCGGCAGAGCCAAAGUCGAGAAAGCAAAACCCCGCCGCGCAAGAUACCAUGGACCAGCCUAAGAAACCCCGACACCGGCAUUCUGCCUUCCAACUCGCUGCACUCAACGAGCUCUACGACAAAAACGAGCACCCAUCGUUGGAGGAGCGCACAUCGCUCGCAGAGCGUCUUGGAAUGGAGACAAAGACCGUCAACUCCUGGUUCCAAAACAAACGUGCUUCGUGCAAGAAGCGUCAUAAAGGCGCCCCGGCGACGACCUCAGGCCCAACCGCAGGCGCUGGCUCGAGUGCAACCACCGGGGCGUCAGCCAAGAAGAGCAGCAAUAGCAACUCGGUGGAGCUCCCGCCGAUCUCAGCUCUCAUUGCAUCCGUAUCUACUCGACCAGGCCUCGGCCUCGGCCCACCGCCUCCCCGGCAAUCCGAGUACAGUGACUACGACGACGACGAGUACAUGCACCGAUUACCGCCCACUCAACAGCAACUCUUCUACGCGGGCAAUCCUCAUCAUGACCACCUUGAUGCCCCCGAGCAGAGCUCACGCCCCAAAGCUCGCUCGCGUCCCUCUGCGGUGCAAACAGAGGAGCUACGCAAGGUCUACGAUGUCAACCCGCACCCUGCCAAAGAGGAGCGAGAAGAGCUCGGUCACAAAAUCGGCAUGCGUUAUCAAUCAGUCACGAACUGGUUCCAGAACCAACGCAGCAUCGCGAAGAAGCGCAAAGACGAGGAAGACGCACAUGCAGCGGCGGUCGCCGCGCAUGCCGCCUCGUCGUCGAAACCGCGUAUGUUCUCGCCGUUCCCUCCUGCAGCGAGCGCGGCGCACCCAUCGUUGUCAUUAUCAGUCCCGCCUGCGACCGGACACCCCUCGCUCGCUCUCCCGCUGCCCCCGCAACACUCGAUCUCUGCCCCGCCCCCUCGUGCUCGCCGGUCAUCCAGUGCAGCGCCAUUGAGCCGCGGUCAUGAUCUGAGCCAUGGCUCGAGUCGAUCAUACUCUCGCCCGUCUUCCCCGCGUGUUUCGCCGUAUCGCAUGCCAUCUGACCGUCUCCACGGUCAGAGUGGAUUGCAGGAGAAAUCUCAGCGCCCCCGGCGCACGCGGCCGGAGCCGCACCAACUCGAGGCUCUCAAGAAGGUCUUCCGGCGAACCUCCACGCCGAGCAUUGAGGAGCGGAGUGCGCUCGCGCUCGCGAUCGGCAUGGAUGUCGGGAAGGUGACGAACUGGUUCCGCAACCUCCGCCAGACCGCGCGGAAACGCGCGGCGGGCCUGCAGCAAGACGGGCUGCUCGAGGAGGGCGAGAUUGACCAGGACGAGCAAGACGAGCUGAUGGACGUCGACGCGGACGAUGUCAGCCUCGCGACGUACCAGUCCCGCUCGGCAACGCCGAUGCACUCGACCGGUGUGUCCUCCUCAGUGUCGUCGCCCCUCAUGCACGCGCUCCACCCCAGCCAGCCCCCGCCGCCGUACUCGCUCGAAGACGUCCGCGAGGAGUUCGCCGCGCCGCGGUACGAGGCGCGCUACACGCCGCCGUCGCCCGUGCAGCCGCCGAGCGAGGAGAACCUGCGCCAGCUGUAUACGUACGCGCGGGCGAUGCGGCGGCGGCCCGCGUCGGCGAACGAGCACAGCUCGAGCUCGGACCCGGACACGUACGCGGACGGGGACUCGCACAUGGGCAGCGAGGAGGACAUGCAGGAGGCGUUGACGCCGAGCCCGGAGAGCUCGCCGCCGCCGCCGCCGCUCGAGGUUGGCGUGCGCGUGCGCGUGCAGAAGGCGGGCGAGCUGAAGCGCGCGCAGGUGAAGGUGGAGACGGGCGUGAAGGUGGAGGACGCGCUGUUGCUGUUGAGCUUCCAUCACCAUGUCGUGCACUGAGCGGAAGUACAUUAAAGUUAUUAUCAGUCACUGUAGUAUUACUGUAUGCCCAGGACGUUCUGCAUCGUAAUCUGCGCACCUGUCCAUACUAGUAAUAUUCUUGCAUCCUUAACUGCAUUCUACGUAGCAUAGUAAGUCGUCUCCCGAUGUUCUGUAGCAAGCCCCGCGUCCCUGUGUUUCCGCCUCAUUCCGUUUGUUCUUGUCAUGUCUCUCGUAUCGCCCUACUUAACCCUACACUAGUCCCGUUAUUCUUUAUCUAUCGGCGAUGCCGUUGUUCACACAGAGUAAAAGAGUCGGUCUGGGUGAAGCAAUCAAUGUAAUCGUUUUCUCGGCCGAGUGCCAGUGAGGCCUGGUA